AUGUUCAAUAGACGCCAUGUUCAAGAGGAUGAUCCUGACAGAACCUCUCUACGGCGCAAGAAGAAGAGGGAGACAAAAACUAAGAUGGUCAGACGACACUGUCAAGAGACUUGCCACACGGCAAGAGAUUCAAGGGGUGUCCUGGGAGUCAGGAGCUGGAUGAUGGCCGCACAGAACAGAGAUGACUGGAGGAAGCUAAUCUAUUUACGAGUGGCGCAGACAUGGGCGGCAGUGGUCUGGGAAUUCUCAGCAAGCCGGGACGGAAAGGCAGCACUAUUAGUUCAAUCGAUCCGCCGACCCCCUAUAGUAGAUUUAGCGCGCCGCGCCUCUUCUGAACAAACAAAUUAUUUGUACACAUCCACUCAAUGCGUCGUAGGUCCCUUCCAAGUGGAGUGGGGGCACACUGUGGCGGUGAUCAAAGAAUGA